AGUACAUGUUAGAUGUAAAUGAAAAAUAUGUUUCCAUAUUAUUCAGAAAUUUUUCUGUAAAGGAAUGUUAUAUUACAAUUAAAUUUUUUUCAAAAUCAGUAAAUUACCAGUUUUGAAGAUGAUGUAUUAAUGGAAACAUUCGUCGGGUCAAAUGUACUUUUAAAUGAUUUCAAGAUUCAUUAAUAUCAGGAAAUUCAGAACCCUAUAAAAACAGAAUUAGUAAUAAUAAUAAUAAAAACAGUAGAAAACAAGUAAAAGCCACCUGAAAAUGAAUUGUCUGAAAUAUUGCUUUUGGUAAAAUAAAUGGUAUUUGUAUUAAAUAUCCAUUGAAUAAGAUGAAGGUCACUGAAAAAUAUGUUUAAAGCUAAUAUGUCGACAGCUUGCUUGGAAAACGCAUCCUUCCACUCCAGCGGAAAACGAUUCAAUUGAAGCGGGAUAAGCGUUGAGCUACAACUCAACAUUUAAAAGACAACGUUUAUCCCUGCUGCCCCUCUCGGUCAAACGUCCCUACCUGUCGAAAGUAUGGUUUGGGAUGGAUUCGCCCAUCCCAUAGGGAUAGACGUUGCGAUUGAGACGCUAGUACUAUUUUUGUUUUUUUUUUUAACUUCUGUCUCUUUUAUGGCGGAAAGGUAAUUGAUCGAAACUGUGGGUGGGCUGCAAAAUCAACAUUAGUCUUGGAACUCCAAUAAAAGCAUUGAAAAUUAAUCAUUUACUUGAUACCUCAGUAUGUUAGCAUGUGUCGUCAGUAUCAGAGAUUAGAGCAUGUCUGAUGUUGACCGUGAGCGGCUGGCAGUGCCUGCAGCUCAUAGUGUCUUUUCUCAACAUACAAACACAGGUAGUUACAGUGGUACCAGUGUUGCUGGCACCUCUGCUGCCCCGCCUUUUGCACCUCGCCCACAUUAUGGUCAACAAGUCAGACAGCAACACCAGCAGAGAUUACACAGCACUGCAGCUUCUAGUCGAAGUGGUGCAACUUCUGCCCACACAGACCGAGCUCCUCCUUCUGCCGUGUCCGGUACAUCUUCAGCAUCUACAACAGAAUGCAAUAUCCACGAAGUAUGCUACUACUUCCAACAAGCAAUAUUCAUUCUUGCAAUCAUGACAGGAGUGGCUCUUGUUAUAGCUGGUGCUGUUAUGCAUGUUCAAAAUGGUGAACUUCUGGUGCUAGUGUACAUAGGUGUCCUAUUAGGAGCUGUCAAUACUGUACUACUGACUAUACAGUGCUGUGUGCGACGUAAACAAAAGAAAAGAGCGAGAGCAUAUCGUGCAUCUCGCCAAACUCAGGGACCUCCUUCUUCUGCGCCAUCCAGUGCAGUUGUUCGUUAUGAUCCUCUCAGCAAUCCAUUGCUAUCCAGUACACAGACUGUUCCUCCCUCUGAAGUUCAGCAAUAUCAUUACAAGCAUUAUCAUAUUCAUGCACCUAAUGUCCCUCAGCCUGGUUUUCAGGAUUUUCCGGUUCAGCAGGGAGCAGUUUUUGCGCAGUCACCCACGGAGUCAUCCCAGACAAGGUUCCAUCAUGGUGUACCAUAUCAUAGAUCUGGCUCCAUUGCUGGCCACCAUCGACAUACCAAAGGAAUGUAUCAGAAAUCGCCUCCUUUGGGUCAAUCUCAUCGACCAUUGCUCAAUCCCUUGGGACAGCCCCAGCCUACUAUAAGAUCUGAAUUAUGUCCUCCUGAAUCAUACAAAGGACCAGUUCCCCCCAGCUACGAGGACAUGCUGCGCACGGGCCGUCUUCCUCAAGAUGGAACCACUGUGCACUUGAUCUGAACAAUGAUUCAUGUUUUUUUAGUUCCUUCAACAUAUCAGUAUCAUUCCUAAAUGCUCAGUGUUUGAUUAUUAUAAGAUUUUUUAGUUAUAUGCAACUCUGCUGUACAUUUUAUUUAUAAUUGAAUAGGUUUUAUUGAGAUCACUAUCAUAUCUUUUAUGUUUAUUAAGCCGAUCACUCAGUUGCUAGAGAAAUAUGUUGUAUACAUUGUAAAUUCAUUUCACAUCAUAAAUUUUAUGAGCUGCUUUAUAUAUUCAAUAUAAACUUAUAAUUGGUGGCAACUCAAGUUGAUUAUGCUGGAAAGUUAUAUAUCAUUGUACAUAGUUAAAUAGUCCUUAGUAUAUUUUUGGAGUAUUUUAAGGCAGCUAAUAUAUUUGAAUUCAAUUUCCUUUAAAAUACAAUUUUUUUGGUGUUAAAACACCUAAUUAGUUCCAAAGUUGUUUCAUUUCACUACAGCCUUAAGACAUCUAGAAAAAUCUUGUUUUAUUCAUCCAUGAUUACCAGAGAUGAAUGGUACACACAAUUCGUCUGUGAUUACCACUGAUGAAUGACGCACACAAUUCAUAUUUGAUUACCACAGAUGAACAAUGUAUACGUUUUUAUGUUCUUUUAACUUGAAUUGCCACUAAUAAGCAUUUUUUAAAAUGUUAGUUUAAUUUUCCUCUUAUAGGCAUACUUUUUUUUAUAAAGAAUUUGAUAUUCGUAAUUUGAUUUUGCAGGCAAUAAUGUGGAAUUACAUUUGAAUCUGUUUCUUUCAUUAAAGAAAGAGAUUAAUUUAGAAGAAAGAAAAAAAAAUUAAGAUAUAAAAUAGAUAUUUUUUUUUUCUUUACUAUAAUUUAUGAUUUUUAUUGCUCAUUUUUAAAAGUUUAGUUUUGUUGUGACCUAAACUAUGGUUGCUUUUUUUAUAUAAAUUCUAAUAUAAUAUAAUACAUUUUUAUAUCAUUCUAAUAUAUUUUAUAUAUUUGAAAAUUUUUAUUAGAUUUCCUGGUAUGUUGCAUAUUUGAAUUGAUUUUAAAAUUGGUUAUUUCUUUUGCACAAAGUUUUAAGUUUUCCUUUUUUUUUUACCACUAUAAACAAUUGGCAUCAUUUGUAUGUAUUACAUAUAAUUGGAAACUAGUUAUUUUUUCAUUAUCAGUUAUUUCAGUGUUAAAAAUUCUAUGUGAAACUAUUAUUUUCAAACAUUUUUAGAUAACUAAAUUUCAGACCACUCAUUUAUUAUGUUUUUAUUUUAUAUAAAGCAAGUAUUUACUUAGCAUAUUGAAAACUGAUGUAAUUAAAAAUUUGUCUUCAGUUUGAAUCAGUCCCCUCUCCUUCCCCCCAAAUUACAAUGCAAUAAAUAAUCUGAAAUUCCAGUCUAAAACAUUGUAGCAUGAUAAUCCCGGUUGUUUUGUCUUCAUUGGCUUAAUUGCUUCAGUUAUAUUUUGUAAAUAGUGAUUUUUACAUCGCAUAUAUUACUUUAAAAAAAAAAAAAGACAGUUUAAAAGCAUUGUCAUUCUAUUAAAAGCAUAUUUUGUUGCUAUGGUUUUAUGCAAUGAAAAGUAGUGCUAUAAAAUUGUUUUUAAAACUUAAAAUUAGUCUCAAAAUCUUUUUUUAAAAUGGAAGAAAAAUCAUAUAAAAGUGUAAUGAUGUAACUGAAAAGUUAAUAAUUUGAAUUGUCAAAUGAUAAAAUAAAGUAAAAAUCUUUUUCUGCAAAAAAAGAUGUUUGCAUAAUAAUAAUUAUCUCAUGAAAUCAUUAAGGGGAAAAACACAUUAAAAUUAUGAAAUUUUUAAAAUUAAGAAUUAUACUAAAUUUUGCUGUAAAAUUCUAUUUUUUUGACAAAUUUGAUUUUUGUAGAUCUAAUAGUCUGUUUUGUAAAGCAAUAAGAAUGAUUUCUCUUCACAUAAUUUACAAAUAAUAUGACAAUCUAUAAACAUUGUCAUGUUAGAAACUUAAAAGUAUUAAAAGAAUUGUUUACUUUUGAAAAUUGCUGGUUUGCAAAGUGUGAAAUUGUCUGAAAAAAAGUAUUGGAAUAGUUAAGUGUGACUUCUUCAGAAGAUGAGGAAAGGGCAUUAAUAAAAUAAUAGUGAUAUAAAACAUUUAAAAUUGAUACUUUUGAAAUAGAUCUCAAAAUCCUUGAAUUCUUUAAUUCAUACUUAUCAAAGUAAAUGUUUAAUUAAAAACGAUGGCAAUUAAAAAAACAUAACAGAUAUGUCACUUUUUCAUGUGACAUUUAAGUGAAGUUCUUAAUAUGAUAAAUUUCAGUUUGACUUGCAUAAAAUUAAAAGAGAGAGAGAGAAAUAGUAUACACACUAUUGUUAUUAUUUAUAUCACUAGUAAGUUUAAUCUGGUUUUUGAAUGAACCUGUUUAAUUGUCCUCUGCUGACAUAUUUAGAAACUGAAAGUCAAUUGUUUCUUAUUAUUUGACAGGUUAUGUUAAUAUGGAUAAACUUAAAUUAUAUUAUUUUUUGAUAAAAGUCUUUAUUAAUAAUUACUUGACCUUGACAAUUGAAAGAAUGAUAGAAAUUUUAGUUUUCAAAUUAAGCUGCUCAUGUUUCGUGAUUCUUUCUGAAAUUUCAACAUGCAAAAUCUGGUUAAUCAUAUAUAUAUAUAUAUAUAUAUAUAUAUUAUUUAUUAACCAUUAUUAACUGGUAUAAAAAAUUAUAUGGACUUAAAACUGAACAUAUAGCUUUUUUAUAUCCUGGAUUGAAAACAUCAACCACAGAAUUAUUAUAAUAUGAACUGUAAUUAUAUGACUGUGAAAGCAAAACUUAUGUAAGUUUGAGACUAAUGAAAAAUGUGCAGUAGUGAGAAUAAUACUUAUAAAUUAUUAAAUCAAGCUCUUUAGUUUUUAAAAUUUUACUUUUUGAAUUAUAUAUUUUUACUUAGCGUUUUACAAAUAUAUAGAGUUAUUCUAGUAUUUAUAUUCACAUGUACUUAACUUAUAUGCUAUUUCAAUAUUUAUAUUCAUUCACUUCACAAUUUCUUUUACGAUAAUUGGAACUACUUUAUUUUUUUUUAGUUUCCAGGGAAAUACUAGAUCUCUUAAGAUGAAGAUUUUAAUGAAGAAAUAAGAAAGGGCUUUCAUCUUUCUUUAAGCCUUUGGAAAUUAAGAUAUUAUAAACCAUUAAACCAACUGUGAGGUUAUCUUUCUUGUUUCCUAGAAAAAAUUGUUGCAAGAUUGUAGUACAACAGUAGUACAAAAUAAUUAAAUACUGAAAAGCUUGUGUACAGUAAUGAGAAGAUCAUUAAGAUUUUAAACUAUUUGGCACAAAAAAAAAAAAAAAAAAUGUGUUAAUAUUAAAAUGGGCUGAAUUCAUAUGAAGACAAAUUUAUUUUCUUAAAAAACUACAUAAGUAUAACUUCUGUAGCCAUUAUUUUAUUGUUCAAAGUACAUUUUAGAUUAUACUAAUGUAUUAUAAGACAGGAGAGAUUUAUUGAAAAUAAUAUUCAUUUCUAUAGAAAACUAUUUAUUCUUUGAAAUAUGUAUCAAAUUUUAUUACUUGUUCAUUUUUGUAUGUGUGGUUUCCAUUCUUUUGUAAGACUUAUAUGUAUGUUAAUUUUCGUUUAUGUUACUACAACAAAAUGCAUUAAAGAUAUUCUUCUAACAGCUAUAAGUGUUUAUUAUAAAAAAAUAUGGAAUAAUCUGCAUAAAAAAAUUUAAGUGUAAAGAUUCGUGCAAUUUCGUAAUUUUUCUUGAAUUCAUGUUUUUCUCUUCCUGAUUAGAAUUUUUUAAAAAGUCUUGUGACAUUGUUUUUCAUAGCUUAUAAAUUCUUGGUACCAAAUUGGCAUUUAACAUUGAGUUUUCUUUUUCCAAUUUAUUUUUAAUUAUUAUAAACACAUAUGGUUCAUAAGUAAUCAAACUUUUUAUAUAUGUUUUACUUGCUGUGAAAUGUAAUAUUUGUAUAUGAGCUUUCUGUAGCUAUCUAGAAAUAUAAAAUUGUUCUUCUGAAUACGUAUCUAUUUGUAAUUUUUUCCAUUGAAUUUUUGUAUCAAUUUUAAUCUGAAUUGUAUUCUUAAAAUAUUAAUUGUUGUAGCACUGUAUCUUAAUAAUAAUUAUUUUUGCUUUAGUUAUUUCUUUAGGACAAUUUCAAAUAAUUCAGUAGAAUCAAAGCAGCUGAAAAAAAAGAAAGACGCCUUUGUAUCUUUCAGCAAAGUAAUGAGAUUAUUUGCUUUUCAUGCUCUUUCUGUGAUUUGUAAAUAUGUAUAUUAUUGUUCAUUUUGUUACUCCACUUUCAUAUUAUAAUAUCUUUUGUUGUAGUUGAAGAUUUAGAUUUAUAGAUAUUACUAGUCUGUUAUUGUCUCUGUCCUAGACAUUAUAUUUAUGUAUACAUAUUAGCUUUGAAACCAGUCAUUAGGCUGUUCAUUUAUUUAUUUAUUAUAUAUAUAUUUUUGCAUUUCCUUCUUUUAAGGAAAAAUUAAUUUUUUUCCCCGUCUGAUAUUAAAUUUUUCCUUACUGUGAAAAGGCUUAUUCUUUAAUUUACAAAUAAUUGUAAAAUAAAAUGCAUUCGAUUCUCGCAUAAAAAAAAGAUUUGUUUACUUAGCAUUGUUUUGCGAAGAGAGUGAUAAAGUGACAUUACAUUCAAAAUCUUGCUUAUAUCUUAGCUAUUAGUCUGUGCUUAACCUUUCUUGUUGAUUUAUUUUUCAAAUUUAAAGGGAAGCUCUAAAAUUUACAGUUAGUUGAAGUAUAUAUAUAUAUAUAAAAUGUGAGAAUUUUGGUUAAGUAUCAUAAUUUCACAUUGCAUUAUGAGGAAGAAAUAUUUUUAUAACAUGCCAGGCACAAAUACAAGCAUAACCAAGGAAUGCAUUCUUUGUCACAGCAAGAAAUUCUGAUGGAGUUUAUGUUGGCUGAGGAGAAUAUAACUGCCUCAGUAUAGCAUCAGUUUUCCAGUGAAAAAAAGGUGGAUGUUAAAAGCAUGGGACAUUUUUGCAUUAUAUGUUGAGAAAACGUUGUUAUAAUAAGUCUAUAGCUAGGUGCACUACAAAUUUAUUUCAAGCUGUUCUUUCAUUUUCUAAUGUAGAGAAAAAACAAAUGUUUUUAGAUAAUUUUCAUAUAAAAAAGAAUGUAUUAUAAAUUUUAUUACUGUAAAUUUGUUUGCAUAUUUUUUCACAAUGGAACAUAGGUAUUAUCAUAUUUUGCAUUGUUUUUAUAGGGAAAAAAAUUGCUUCCUUUAAUAAGUGUUUGUUAUGAGUAAGAUACAGGAAUGUUCAUUAAGUGAGGUUCCACUGUAAAUGUGUCUAAUAUAUCGUGUUUAAAUACCUGUUAUUUGCUCAAUGAACGUGGAAGCAGAAUCCAAUCUACUCAUGCCCAUGGGGAAAAAGGGAUGCAAUUUACCACAGAUCUCCAAUUCUUCGAAUUAAACAAGGCUUAAAUUGAUUCAGAUUUGAUUUGAUGGAAAAUCAUAGAAAUUUUGUUCAAAAAAUGUCAAAUUAAAAGAAAAUCUUAUUUUAUAAAGUUAAAUUAUCGAAAUAUGAAUUAAGUUUCUUGAACCUAAAUUAUUAAAAACUGUAAAUAAUGUAAGAUUUUCAUAAAAGAAAAUCCCAAAUUAUGUAUAAAGUUUGGUUGUAUGCAUAUAUAUUAUAACUACUUAUGAAUAAUUCAUUAAUAUAUUAUAAAUAGUGUUAUAUAUAUAUAUAUAACCUAAUUGAGUUGACAUAAAUAAUUUUCUUCAUUUUGGAGAGGCAAAUGCAUUUCAACAUGUGCAGUGGAUUUAUAUCAGCACUUAAGAUAAUAAGAGCUUCGUGACAUUGUACACUACAUAUUGUCUUUAAUCCUUUGGAUGCACAUUUAUUUGAGAAUUUUUUUGCAUUCAGGUUACAUUAAUUUUUCUUUUUUUUGAUAUAUAAAAGCAAUAGAUUUUUAUGUGAAAAUUCAUUUUUUUCAUAUUCAUAUGUACUCCUACAUGGUAUUGAAAUAAGUUAAAAUAGUUAGUAUUUCAAAAAAAGAAAGAAACAAACAAAUUAAUUCAAACAAAUGCAUGUCGUUUUGAAACGUCAGAUGUACCAAGAGGUUAAAUUCCUACUGGCCAUCUUAAUUAGCAAAUGUUGAAGACUGACUUUUUUCUCAUUGUUAAAUGAAAAUUUCAUCCGAUUCCUUGAAACCAAUUGAACUGUUUUUACAAAGUUGACACUAAACAGUCAUAAAUCAUCUCUUGUAUGACAAUAAUGCAUUGUUAUCUAUGCCUUAGAGAAAAAUAUGAUAUCUGAUAAGAGUUAAAUUUCUGAUUUUGAUUUUCUUGAUUGUUUUAUUUGCAUUCUAAUGACUGGUUUGUUCUUUUCCUCUUGAGCAUAGUCAUCGAAAUUUAUAUAUAGCUUUUGAGGUCUAAUUUUUAGUGCUUAAAAUAACGUUAUUGAUACACCAUUUUAGCAUAGUAAAUUGUCUAAUCCUUUAGCUUGCAUUAGAAUAAGUUAAAAAAGCUUUGUAUACUUUGAAGCAAUUUAAUACCGUAUAAUUGGAAAAAAAAAAGAAUUUUUGAAAGUUUUCUACUUAUAUAUAAAUAAAAUAUUGCAUGUUAAUAUAAAUCUUUGGAGUAUGUUUAUAAAGGUUGAAUGUAUCAAAUAUCGAAAGCUGAAAUUUCUAAUCAAUAAGUUGAAUGUUUUGAUAAAAGUUUCAAAUUAUUAAAUUGUAUGGUUAUGUUCCAAAGCUUCCACCGAUUUCCGUUGUUCAUGUCUAAAUAAGAAAUGAAAAAUAAAUCUGUUUUAUGAGAA